GACUUCAACCCACCAAACCCUAUAUUCUACCCUGUUCUGUGUUCUCAUGUAUAUCACUGUCAUCGCUACUACGAGAUUUCUGCAGAUCGAGUAUUGUAUAUUGACGAUUGAAGCCACAUAGUUCCCCUAUUGCCAGAAGCGUUGAAUUGUUCGAUCUUUGAGGCUCAAUCUCGACCCGAAAUGGGCUCCAAAUUGUCAAGGGAUUUGGUGGUUGAUGUCUUCUCGAGAUUACCGGAAAGCAAAAGCCGAUUGUGUUGUUUUAGAGACUGGCUGGCUUGUUAGAGAAUAUUAUUUGCUUUACAAAGAACCUUCUGAGUAUAAUGAGAUUGGAUGCAUAUACUUUGAUAUCCCAACAACCCCAAAAGCGCAGUGGGUUAAGUGUUGUCAAGGUUUGUUAUGCUUGAUUUCGAUCCGAAAUAAUAUUAUUAAACUUGAUCGGGAUGAUUACCUUAUUUAUGAUAUUUGGAUAUAUAACCCAUCCAUUAGGAAAAUUAAAGCCUUACCGUCUGUUACCGUCACUUACAGACCACCUUCUGAUGCAUUUGUUGUUAACCAAUUUGGGUUUGGGAUUUCUAGUGACAUGACUUGGAAGGUUGUGAUGCUAUUAGAAUUUUGUUCUAUUGAUGAUGGUAGUACUACUCACCAAAUGACACUAGUUUAUAGCCAAGUUGGUGGUGAUUCUUGGAGUUUGAGACAGAUUAAUUCGGUUACACCUCGUCGCGAUCUUGAGAGUGAGAGCAAUGAUUUUUAUUUAAAAGGGAGGUACUAUUGGCGGGUUGAUAGGUUUUGUGUGGAACCUUACAAUCGAUUCUUGAUUUGGUUUGAUAUGAAUGAUGAGGUGUUUGGGAGGAUUAGGUUGCCGGAUAUGAAUAUUUCUUCCGUCUCAAUAAUGAAUGAGACUAUUGCUGUAGUCGGAUAUUCAAGUUGGAGGGAUUUUAGUUGCAUUGAGAUUUGGUUAAUGAUUGAAAAUGACAACAGUACUUAUUGGCAUAAACAAGCAAGCAUAAACACAGAUAAUGAGUCUUGGAUACCAAUAGGGAUUUGGAAUGUGGUUGGUGAAUUGCUUGUAUCACUAGAGGAGAAAGUUGAGUGGGAUUCAGAUAAUUCGGAUCGGGAUCAUGCUAAAAGAGGUGUACCAUACUUCAUGUCUUUGGAUUUGGUAACGCAAGAAAGGAAGAAAUUCUCUAUAAGUAAAAAAAGGAAAAGUAUUAGUAGCAUAAGGAAUUGUGAUAUAUAUGCUCGAGUUUACGAUGAAAGUCUACAUUUUCUGUAAGAAUGAAACAAUUAUACAUUGUUUACUUCAACCUUGUGCUUAGGGCUAUGUGAUAUUGGAGUAAGAUGUAUUGUAUCAUACUUUUUCUAUGCAUUAUAAAAAUGAUAUUCUUGAGCUAUGAUUUGUAGUUUCAUCAAGGUUGGUGUAAUUUGUUAGUCCAAUUAUUAUUAUUAUUAUUAUUAUAAACUCCCUUCCCUUGAA